AUGGCUCCACGAUUCGAAAACCUCUUCAUCGAGUCCCCAGCGUCGGCGCCAGGAGUCCACAUCGUCACGCUGAACAAGCCGCCUGAGAAUCGACUGAACGUCGCAUUUGCUCAGACCAUCAUCAAUGCUCUACGCUACAUCGAACGGGACCUGAUGAAACCCGACUCUCCCGGAGCCGUCAUCAUCUCGUCCUUUUCCGACAAGUUCUGGUGCACGGGUCUCGAGCUGGAUGAGUCCGAUUCCAACGUUUACGCCAAUUCAGAUGGCUUCUACCCGCUCCUCGCCACUCUGGUCGACUACCCGUACCCGACCGUUGCUCUGAUCACGGGCCACACGUUCGGCGGAGCGUGCCCGUUCAUGCUUUCCUGCGACUAUCGGAUCAUGAACAGCAAGCGUGGCUUCAUCAGCAUGCCGCCGGUCAACCUCGGUCUACACUUUGACGGCAUCGGUGCACUUCCUCGACUGAAGCUCCACCCCCAGGUUGCGCGCAAGAUGCUGCUCGAGGCACACAAGUGGACGGGCGAGGCUGCACUGAGGGACGGCAUCGUCGACGAGCUCAGUCCGCCAGAGAAGAUGAGACAGAGAGCGAUCGAGUUCGCGAGCACUGUUGCCCCUCGCGCCACCAUGGGAGUUUAUGGUCUUUUGAGAACGGAGCUGUGGGGCGAGGCUCUCGACAAGUUCAAGGCCAUCAGCUACGUGCACAGAAAGCGGAUAGGAACGGCUGCUAAAGCAAAGAUUUGA